GCGGCGGUAGUGCAGCGACUUUGAGGAAUAACACAAGCAGAAGAAAAUAAAACAUGGCGGCGUCCGAUGACAGUGGAUUCUGACUGACAUCGGCCAGGUUUUUCAGAACAUCUUUACUCUCACUGAAAUAUCUUAGACAUGGCAGGAGGUAAAAUAUUCUUGAGAGAAGCGCGAUGUCUACAGAUGGCGGCUUCGCUGUAUUCCCGGCGAGGCGGCCUCCUCCUCCUGCAGACCCGGAGACACCUCGCUAAGACCUGCCCUUCGGCGGCCAAGAUCGCCCCUCCACGCCGACCCAGGGAGAAGGUGGAGAUCCCCGGACUGGAAGUCAUCACAUACGGCGAGAGGAUGCACUACGUGCCGGGGUUAGCUAAGCCCGUUUACCCGCCGUGGGAGAGAGACUAUAAAGACCCGGGACAUUGCAAGAGCCCUCCAGCCCACGAGAUGGCGCUGUUCAAGGAGAAGCCCUGUUAUAUAUUCAACCAGAGAACCAGCUUGCUGGAAGGGGUGCGUCAGGCUGCUUGGUUGACCAAAUCCCAGGUGAACUCUGGUUUGCCGCCUAAGCUCCUCACACUGGCUGAAUCUCUUGAAAGCCAGGCUGAAGAUCAGAGUGAGCGCGUGCAAAACGCCAUCAAGCACGCACGCUUCUGGGACACGACGGAAAGUCGACCCAACAAGAGGAAAUACAGUAAGACUCUGCUGCUCAACCUGCUCCAUUUGUGUGAGACUCUCCAGUCUAGUUCUUCAGCACAGAGGAGGAGGAUUUUUGCAGAGAAUUAUUCACUGUCGGCCAUGUGGCGGAGAGGGGAGGACUUGUUCCAGGUUCGCGGUCAGAACGGGUUGCUGCAGUGCAGCAUGGAUGCUCUCCCACAAGUUUCUGAGGAAAAGGAAAUUUCCAGCACAGUUGAUCACGUUCUGGAGACUUUCUACCCUGUGUCUCCCACCAUUGACCUGCAGAAGGCCGACGUCUACAAGGAGGAGAACUGCACAGGGUUCAGAGACGACUACCUGUAUCCUCACGCUCACACGCUGUACUUCCUGGAAGCAACAGAUCCUCAAUGGAAGCUCAAGCCGGAGCAGUUCAGAGCCAAGAUGCUCAUGUUCGCCUUUGGGAACGCUUUGGCGCGGGCGCACAAACUUUACGGGACCGAGCCUCUGCAGCGCCCCAUAACCGUGCAGUCGGUGGGCACUAACGGGAGGGUCUUUGAGUUCCUGGUUUUCCAGCUCAACACCACCGACCUCGUUCAAGACGACGGCAUCAAGAACCAGGUGUGGCUGGACGCAGGCGUGGCCCUGUACGAUUUCGCCAAAGUUCGACCAUUAAUCAAGAAGAAGGAAGUGACGGUCCCAGCCGGUCUUUCUGGAUACAAACCUGAAACCUUCAGGAAGUUCCUGGCUCUGUACCUUCAUGGAUCUGUGUAGGACACGCCAGGAUGUGUGUCGCAGCGGCAGCAACACCUGGACAUUCAGAAGUAGUCUGGACCAUUAUGCUCACUCUCUCAAAACCUGGAUUAAAGUUUUAUUUCAAACCAAAGCGAAGCCGCUAUGAACUGGACCUCAUCAGUUUGCUCGUAACAGCUUCAUAGGACUUUUUCUGUUUUUUUUUUUAAGAUCUUCUCUAAUAUUAAAACCUACAAGUCUUUUAUUGAUACUGAAACUUUAGUGUGUUCCUUCAAAAAGGAAGUUGAGAAAAUAUAUUCUGAACUUUGAUUCUUCCUGCAUCAAAGGUCAUCUUCUCAUCCAGCUGAUGGUAACAUUUUCUUAAAAGCUCCAGUGUUUGUCAGCGCCUGGGAUCAGAAGCUUCCACAGAUCUGCCUGAUACUGUAAAUCAACACAAGGUCAAUAACUGCUUUAUUGUUGCAAUAAAUGUUGAGAUGAAGAAUAGAGAUUAGUCCAUGUCUUCAUCCUCGGCUUCAAGGAUUUGUGCUUUUGGUCAGCAGGAUGGGAAACCAUCAUAAUAAAGAGUGGAAGGCAUCAGUUCAAUGUCCAGGAAGACUUUUUUAAACAAAUAAAAAAUGUAUAAAAGCAAAAUCCUGCUUGAUUGGUAGUUUGAUCUUAUCGUAGCAAUAUUGAAAUGUUUUUAUUGCAGUUCAUUAGUGCACAUUUUCAUAAAAAAGUCAUAAUAUUUAAAUGCACAUAUGAAUGUAACUUUACUUUGUAAAAGGCAGAACUUGCAUUUAAUAAACUGUAGCCUGGAUGGAUCAAA